UUACGGUGACUCGUAGCGAGAUACGGGUAUUACCAGAGUGUUGCGACCAAACUAGUGUUACGGAAGUUUAUAAUGCGAAUUAUCAUCUACUUUGCUUUAAAUAAUUCAGUUUGAUGGAUGUCGCACAAUCCUGUCUUAAUGAAGCCGUGUAAAAAUGGCGCUUUCCUACAGUUUAUUUAGCAAUAUCCAAGUACAUGGAAUAUGACUUUUAUGUAAUCUGCAACUAUGAAACCCCCGUUUCGUCGGAGAGCUGAACCAUCACGCUUCGUUCUUAAGGGCACUGCGGAAGAGUCCACCGUAAAUAACAGAUCGCUCUGCAAAGGAUGGAACCGCAAAGAUCUUCAGAGCUUUUUACAAGCUUUGAAACAGCAGCAGAAUUUUGAAAAGGAAUUAGAUCUGACUGAGAUUCAAAAGAAAGUUCCCCACCGUUCCCUCAAAGAGAUCGAAGACCUGAUAAUGACCCUGAAGUCAAGAGUGCUGCAGAGGGUGUAUCUGCAGGUCCAGAGUCAGAAGAGAGAGGAGCGCAAAGCUAAAGUACCCAUUGAAUUAUGGGCAGAGCUGGUCCAGAAAAUAACUAGGCCCCAUGAGAAGACCAUAUCUUCUGCCUUUGACCAGAUGCUAGUGAUUGCUGCUGUUGAGCCCUGUGGCAUGAUGCACUCUGAACCUCCACACCCCGUAAUCCAAACACCUGCUUUCUCCGGUCCUCACCCUGUCCGGUCUCCUAAAACGCCCUCUCGGCCUUCUGCCUCAGAGAUGAGCGCGAAUCCCAGCACUUCUGCUCGCUCAGUUGCAUCUCUCAAUCAGCCUGACUCUAGUUCUAAUGCUGUUGAACUUCUCAGCCAGUUGGAUAAAGCACCAAGCAGUUCACCUCUAGUGCCUGAAACACCUGAGACACCUGAGACACUUACACCAAGAUCCUCACAGAUGACAAGAAGCCAGAGCCAACUGCAGUCAGAAGUCGGGCCAACAGUGUCCAGUGCUGUUUUACCGUCCGUUUCCUUAAAUAAGGACAGUGAAGUUCAGUCGGGACUGUUAGAUCAUGAUUACCCAUGCAACCCAAUAACGCUAAAGAGUGUUGUGAAUUUUGACAAGAUUUAUCGGUAUUUAAGUGACAUUGAAUCUAAAACCUGCAAAUCAGCUCUUACUUCAAUGGAGAGCGCAGUGCUGCUGGAUAUGUUGAUGUGUUUGCCUGAGGAGCUCCACUCACUGGACUGCAAGGAACUUCAACAUCAUCUUCUCCAGAUAUACUCACAGCUCACCCAACCUGCAAAAAUGCCAGUUUCCUCUUUAAACACCGACAGAGAAAUCCAACAGGCCGAUGUAGCUGAUUCAACUCCAUUAACACAGAAUCUCAGGACCGCUGUGGGAUCCGCUGCAGAGCCCUCCAGUGAGUCCUCUUUCACAGAAUCAGCAAAGGACAAAAAAGACUGGGCUACAGCUGGCACCUGUCCUCUCAACCCUUUGUUAGUUCCAGUAGCUUUGCUGAAAAGACAGGCCCUGGAUUCUGAGAAAUGAUAUGCUUAGCCCGUCUCAGUUCAGCCUCAUUAAUGUUCUGUGUGGGUCUUAUGUUUCACUUUGCUACAGGUUUAGAUGUUAUUUUUUUUCUUUUGUUUCGGAAAAUGUGUGCAUAUUAACUAUUCAUAUUCCGAAAAUGAACAAGUUAAAAUUUCAUAAUGAUAAUUCUGUUCAAAUAAGUUUGUUGCAAUAAAACAAGACUUUAAAGAAAAAUGUAAAUAAAUGUAACUUUAAAUAUUAAA